CAUUCCACGUAACGUCCGAACCGUAACAACUGAAACUUCGUCUUAGCAGCGAGGGAGGUCGAAGGAGGAGAAGAGAGAGAAGGAAAUCAAUGGCGUCGCAGCAGGAAAGAGAAGAACUUGACCGCCGUGCUAGGGAGGGAGAGACGGUGGUUCCCGGCGGCACUGGCGGGAAGAGCCUCGAGGCUCAAGAACACCUGGCUGAAGGGAGGAACAAAGGAGGGCAGACGAGGAAGGAGCAGCUGGGGACGGAAGGGUACCAGGAGAUGGGCCGGAAGGGCGGGCUGAGUACCACCGACGAGCCGGGCGGUGAGCGAGCAGCUAGCGAGGGCGUCGAGAUCGACGAGUCCAAGUUCCGCACCAAGAGCUGAACACUCUCUCGUUAGCUAGGGUUUUUUUUAGCUCGGUCUUUCGCUUUUAUGUGUUCAUGAAGGCAAUAAAAAGGGUGGUGCUGGGAGGAUGAAUGAAAUGAGACUCAGUUGCUAUGUGUGUUUGUUG